AUGGUAGUCAAAUCUUCGAAGCACUCCCUCACUGACCUCUUCCCGUUCCGAUUACAGGCGAGGAUUAAGAAGAUUAUGCAGACUGAUGAAGAGAUAGGCAAAGUGGCUGCCGCAGUUCCUGUCAUCAUAUGUAUCCGUUCUUCUCACCUGAACGCUUCAUCUGUAUUUCAUUGCAUGUUCCAAGUAACUGCAUUUCAAAACAUGUAUUUUUGCCAAUGACAAUAUGGAGAUUGUAGGGUUAAUUGUUUGUGUUGUGCAGUUUGAAUGAAAUUCAUAUGACUCACUGUUUUUACUUUUGAGGGGUUGUGUGCCUAGUAAGUUUAGUAAUCACUCUUGUGUAGUUGUGAAAUGUCUAACUGUUAUUGAAGACAAAAAAACACCCCGGUCCUGUGUGGCCAGUGGCUACUUUUGCCUUUCCUUAAUUCAACCACCAGCACGAGCUCUGGAGCUGUUCCUGGAGUCUCUCCUGACGAAAGCCUGUCAAGUCACCCAGUCCCGGAACGCAAAAACAAUGACAACCUCACACUUGUAAGUCAUGUAUUCAGUUAUCAGUGUUGGUCAUAAAAGUCGGUAGGACUACAGAUUGUAAUUUUCAGCAUUCUUGCCCUUCUGUGCUUUUGAAGCUAUGGGAAAGUAUUAUGUUUUAAACAAUGUGUGUGUGUGUCUUGGUAGAAAACAGUGCAUUGAACUGGAGCAGCAGUUUGACUUCCUGAAGGACCUGGUAGCGGCAGUGCCGGACAUGCAGGGCGAGGGAGAGGACAACCACGCAGAGGGAGGGGAAAAGGUUGCGCGCAGGUAACGGACUCUGAAUGAUACCAACUGUUUACUUGGAUAGGAUAUUACUGAUGGUCCCCUAAAGCUUUGUGUGUUGGAAAAUGUGUGAAUUAUGCCAUCUUGACUUUGUACUUACUUGAUGUCCUCCAGAGGUCGAAAGCCGGGGUCAGGCCGCAAGAACGGAGGAGCUGGCUCCAAGGGAAAGGACAAGAAGCUAUCAGGCACAGAGUCGGAGCAAGAGGUGGGUGUUGGCCUUCAAUUUAGUAGCCACGAAGCAUAACCUUAGCUUAGAUAACAAUAACUUUUUAUAGAGGGAAAUGUUAAAGUUAGUUUGGCUUGGUGGCCAAUUGAAGUGAUAUCAGGUGUGAUGGGGGGGAAAAGGGAGGAGUUUUGAUAGGGUAGAGGUGUGAGGAUUUCAGAGGCUUAUUUAGCUUUUUGUUGCCAUGGGAGCAGGAUGACUCUGAGGACAGCGAGACAGACGAGGAUGAGGAGGACGGGUCUCAGUCAAGCACAAACCUGCAGCCGCAAUCCCGAUUCCACAGGUAAUGGACAUGGACACAUACACACACGGUUAACCACAACCCAACUGUACUCUUUGCUAAUGUGCUUUCCUGGGUCGUAUUCAGGCAUUACCUCACCAUUUCACUCAGUUUCAAAACAUUUUCUUAACUGAACAUGACCCUGUUGUGCGGGGGUACUAUUACUAACGCGUUGUCCCCUGUUCUGCCCUGUGCCACAGCCCAGACGCCAUGCCACCCCAGUACCUCCACAUGGGCACUGCACAAGGGGGCCUGGUCAUGCCCCUGGGCUCUUUUGCCCCCCACCCCUCGCUGAUGGGCACCGCACCCCCGCCUCCCCCCUCCUUGCCGCACAAAGACGAAGACAAUGAUGAUGAAGACUAUGACUCUUAGCUCCCCCCACUC